AUGGAUCGCGACAUGGCAAUCAUACCGAAGUCUGUGAAGCCUGCGCGUGUAGUUGAGAACUUCCAGUUGUUCGACUUCAAAUUGAGCAAAGACGAAAUUAAACUGCUUGAAUCGACGAAGAAUCGCCAAAGGCUCUUCACAGACGAUUUCAUGAUCGGCCAUCCAGAAGAUCCAUUCAAGUCCGAGAGAAAGUGA